ACUACCCAUUGUGGCUAGUCUAACAUAUGUAUAGUGGGCAUAAGUUUUCGGUUUUACACUUCAACUCUUUCUGCCCCGUGCAGACUUGAGAAGCUCGGGCACCACCAUAGGACAGCUUGCCUCCAGAUGCUUAUAUCCGACCGCCACCAACACAGCAUCAAGAAUUCUGGGAGUUGCGCUGCUCUGCUGAAGCUAGAGUUGUCGCUGCCGUGUUGACGCCGACGCCAUCAGAGAGCUUGCCUUCACAAAUUUCCUUUCUACAGCUCUCUGCUGCUCAGGCAUAAACUAGUUACCUGCUGUCAAGUCAAGGAAAUCUGAUUUCUCCCAGCUUAGCUGUAGUGUUUUACAGCUAAACACAUACUAGUAUUAGAAUUUGAACCUUCAGUGGUAUAUAAACAGCAGUGUAUCUGAACUGCAUUCUGUUUUCUUUCUCCAUCAGAUAACCCGGCGGCGAUGCUAAGGAAAAUCGUGCCCAUUUCAUUUACCGGGAAAUACACUACAAGGGUCAAAUCUCAAAUGUCAGUUUUGUCCUCGGAGCUCCGGUGCCCACAUAAGAACCCACACAGCCUCACGCUCUCGCCACAACAGUUCUCUCCUCUGCCUCCCUUGAUCCCCGAGAAGGAGAAGAGGCCACAGCUUGCUCGAGGAAGGAGAUGAAGGCCAAGAAGUUGAGGGUGGCCGCCAUGGCCGCGCUGUGCGUGCUCCUGGUCCUCGUGGAGCAGCAGCAGGUGGCUGCCAUGUCCGAGUUCUGCCACUGCUACAGAGACUGCUACUCCGAGUGCAGGCAGGACGCACCGCGCUGCCUCUGCCUCCCAUCCUGCGUCAACUACUGCAGCUCCAGCCCCGGCACCAGCCAGGCCACUGUCGGCGCCGACGGCGGCGCGACAUGCAGGAUGGCCUGCAAGCUGGACCUGAGCGUCUGUGGCUGGUCGGCGGAGCCAGACGGUAAGACGGCAUCACAUUCCUUUUUCAUCUUUUGAAUUGACGAAUUAAAUCUGUGUUUCCUAUUCUUUUGAGAAGGAUUGUUUCUUCUACUGUUCUGAUUAUUUCUGUUCUUGUAUUGCAAUUUUGCAGAUGCAGCUGACGCCACGAUCUGCAUACAAAACUGCAACAGGAAAUGGGGCCACAAGGCCAAUUGACUUCCAAGAGCUGGCUGCUCCGCUUUUAGAGAAGAGAAAAGAAAUUGAAGAGCUAGCUUCUCGAUCAUGGGAUCGUAUAUAAAUGAUGUUCAACGUCUGUGAUUGUAGCAGCAAGCAAUAACAUGAGUUUCCGUUGCUGCCAUCUAUACAUAAUUAUGUUUAAUCUGACUUUGAUUUGGCCUACCCGUGACUCAAUCAUAAGAACCAAAUUUGUCUGUCUUUUUUGUUGCCACGCAAAGUAAGGAAGAAUAUGUUUCUCAAGCUAGCUCAUAGUGUAGAAGAGUUAAACUUCAAAUGUUCACCAACUCAUCGAAACCUUGGAGAAAGGAGAAAAAUUAACAUGACUCAGAAGCAAAGUAGCAUCGCUACUGGAUUUUAAAACGAACAGCAGUUAUGGAUGUGUAGAGGCAAAUCAAGGCUAAUAAGGAUUUGCCUUCAGUUUGCCGAUCCCUGUCCUCAUAAGAAUAACUAAAUAAUUCGCUCAGAAGCAAGUCAGGCUUUUGAGUUUUUGCUAGGAACAAGCGAGUCAUUUUAUUUCUUCAGGAGCAAUUUUGCAAACAUAUCUAUAUAUAUCUGUGGGAUAAAUAUAGAUAUGUUGAAACCUCUAAUUUUUUGUAUACUUGAAAAUACCGGCUCCCAUGGAGGUUGGGAGCCAAUUGACAAUUUCCAAAUAAAAUGGACAUAUUGACAAGGAUAAUGUGGAAUGGUGCUCGGAUUCUCUGUUUUCAAGAAAAUAUGUUUUUUUUCGUCCAAAAUAAAAUAAAAUAUUGGCACAUGUAGAUUACUUAUAUUGUGUUCAAUUUUUUUGUUAAACUCAUUACAUCAUCGUUGGCUGUGGAUACAAGAUUCUCACAGAUAUCUAGUUGCUACUACCUCCAUUCCAAAUUAAUAAAAGUUAUAGUUUUGUCCUAAGUCAAACUAAUUUGUUCCUAAUCACUUGCAGUUUCUUGUAGUCGAUGCAUGAUGGCAAGAGUAAUUUAUGAAGAAUGAUGUUCUAGCUGCAAAUGAGUCACUUAUGCAUGACAAAUAACAUUCAUGAGAUAAUAUCAUAGCAAAAACUGCAUGUCCAUACCUAGCAUAAAUUGCAUUCCUGGAGAUCUUUGGCUUAAGCACUCUAGGCAGUCAAGGCUUGUUCAGAGGGACCUGAUCACGAAGAGAUC